CAGGCAGUGGCGCCCCCCCGGGGCCCUCCCGACAGUGACGACGCCGGGCAGCGGCCCCCGCGGCGGGAGGGAGGAGGGCGGUUUCGGCCCCAGGCGGCAACUGAGGAAGUUCCCGGGAGGUUUUACCCAAACGGGGCAGGGCCUGGAGGCCGACGAAGCAAGACGGGGCGAGGGGGCCGCGUCUCCCUGGUUUCCGGGGGAGCUUGUCGCCCGGGUUUUUGACUGCGGGACGUGGAGCGACGCCGUGGUGGAACUUAAAACGGUGCCGAGCUCCUCUGCGCGUGGCCGUUACGCUGCUCAGCAGAAAUACGCCAAAGGCUUAGAGUCCCGACUCAUGGAGGAAACCCUGUAGUAGAGUCGAGGGCCCGCGGUGCGUGGUUCUCUGAGCUCACUUGACCCCCGAGAGUCUGGGGGAGGCUGAGAAGUUGCCACGCCCAGGAGCGCGUUGCUCUCGAGCAACAAACAGUUGUUCCCUCUAGACUCUGGAUGGGAUCCACGAGACGCGCGCGUUAGAGUAGCUGCAGGUUAUCAGACGCCCGGCCAAGCCCUCCCGCUCCAGCCGCAGCAGAAGGCACCAGUGUCGCAGGUCCUUGUUUACAGGAGUUAAGCCUUCCUGCUUCCUGGACUUGCUGCCUUCAGACAGCGCAUAAUUCACUCAGUAAAAGGUCAUUCUUUCAAAGUGCUAAUCUUCAAGGCUGUGGUAGCCCGAAGAAAAGAGAGAGAGAGCCCUAGUUUGGCUGCAGAGCAGUUGCUCGGGGAAAACAAGUUGUCACCCCAUCUCCAUGUGCCACCAGUCAGGAGCUGUUGAACACAGACCUAGUAGAAGUAUCCAGGACAUUCUUGAGGGCAGAGGAGAAACGCAGCCGAUGGGACCCGAAGGAGGGGAGUUCUCAUUGCACUGAAAUAGAUGAAGGCCUCAUCAGGGAGCAAUCAGGGGUGGACAGAGAAUGAACUGUUUAAAGGAAGGAUUAAGAAAGACGAUGUCAGGACUGGAGUAGGAAUUUUGGAACGAGACCUACAUCCCACUGAGGGGAAGCCCACUCCCCCCACAGUGCCUGUGUGUCAGCUGCAGGGUCUCACCCUGGCGUUACUCUCGCCUCGCAGCCCCCAGUGCAGGAGUUCUCAGCUGGAGUUGAUUUUGCCCGGGGGCGACAUUGGCAGGGUCUGGGGAGCAUUUUUGGUUGUCACUCUGAGAGGGAGCAUGUUACGGGCGGCCGGAGGUGGAGGCCAGGGUUGCUGCUAAGUGUCCUGUGAUGCCUGGGACAGGCCCCCGCCACCAAGGUUCGCCUGGCCCGAAUGUCAGAACUGCUGAGCUUGAGGAACUGCCCUGGAGUGACUAGUGUCCCGCUGUUUCUAGCUAGUGGUGUGAGCUCUGUGCGUCAAGAUCAUCUGGAGUUUUAAAAAGCACGGCCCACCAAGUGAGAGUCUCUGGAUACGAGGCCCAAGCGUUUGAUUUUGUUGAAUGCUUCUUAGGUGACUCAGGUGCUACAUCCGUGAUCCUGGAGAGACAGACUUAGAGGGUAAAUGGAGAUUUACUUUUUCACUAUUUUAACAGGAUACUCAGAUACAGAUUAUGUUGUUUCAAAAGUGUCAAAUAGUGUGCCAAGUCUCAGUAAUUUGCAAACUAGCACUAUUUUCCAUUCCACUGUUUUAAAUUUUGAACUACUUAGUUUUUUAGCACUUGUUAGAUUUUAUAAUAGAGUAUAAUAUUAAGUCACUGAAUUGUACUUUUAAGAUUUAAGCUGAAAUCCCCCAGAACUGUGAACUACUGCUUUAAUAUGAAAGUCUUCUUUAGUUGGAGGGCCUAAGGAGGAUCUAAUAAAAUUUAGCUUUAACUAUUCCCUAGACCCCCAAACCUGGGCUUUGCCCAGAUGGAAAAAAACCUGCUUACCCUUUGGUAACUAUGGAGGGACAGAGAAAAUGAAUGAGUUUGAGCUGUUUCAGCCCUAAUAAAUCACAAAUUUACAUUUCCAAAGCCCUUUUUAUCUAGGUGUCAUAGAGCCUUUGAUGAAAAGUACAUUUUUCAUCAAAAGAUCUGAUUGGUGUAAGCUGGUUAACUCUUCAGUAGAGAAGCUGAGAUGUGGAAUAGUAAACUAAGAAUUGCUUAUUUUGAGUUAGAGGAUAAUUUCAGGAGACGCAUGAUGCCUUCCUUUCACAAUUCUGAUUCUAGAUUUUUCAAAACUAAAAUUGGGCAUUAAAGUCUUUUUUUUUUUCCCUGAAGGAGAAGGUAAUUUCUAUUCCUGCUUCAUUAAGGAAGAAGGGAAACAGGCCAGAAGCGACUCCCUUUCUGUGUGCUGAUCUCUGAACGCCCUGGUUUGGAUCUCUGGGGUGAUCAGUGCAGGGUCAAAUGCUGGAAGACAGGGAAGUGCUUUGUCUUCGUAGAAGUGAUCACUUUACUUACUAGUAAAUCCAGUUUAAGGACAAUGGAUUACUCGGGCCUAGAAAGGAAGGAGCAGGCUUCCAAUGUUUCAUGUGCCUUUUCAGAAUUAUCAUUUUAAUUUCACACUUUUGCUUCUGCAAAAGAGUAUUUUUCACCAAAAUUACAGAGUACUUAAAUUUUGAAUAACUUUGGUAAUGGAUGUGUAAAUAACAAAAUAUUAAGAGGUUAAAUAAAAUGCUGAAAUUAAACCAUGUGAAGAGCAAAAAUACAUUUUAAACCCUGAGUUACAGUAAUUUGAUUACUAGUUAAUCAGACAAAUGGGUACUUAGAUUUUUUUUUAGUAUCUGAACAUUUUCAUCAGGGCCUGGGCUCCAGCCUUGGUAGAGCCUUUCCCAGUGAAGCGAUAGUUUAUCGUUUUAGCCUUACACCUUUCCCAGUUUCUCUCAGGCAGAUUUCUUGAGUCUGAGCUUAGUAACUUUAUUUCAAAGAUCAGACUUGACUCUAAAUAUUCUGCACGCAGGAGGUGAUUCAUUUGUCAGAAAACGACGGUAUCGUUGCACCCUGUGUGUCGUCAAAGAGUUACCGGCAGAGCCUCUGCCCUCCGGGUGACAGGAUGGACAGGAGAAAGUGAAACCAGAGAUGAAGAGGCGGGUGAGGGGCAGACACCAGUGGUUUCUGCAGGUCAGGGGUGGAGGGAAAGACAGCACAUUCGCUGUGAUUCUUUCCAGUGAAAUCCCUGGGGCAUAUUCACUUUCUUAUUGUUCAGCCAGAGGUGUGCUGCUGUCCCUGUGUUUGGUAAAGGGAGAUAGUGAUGGUUUCCUUUGUAAACGGCGACAGGAGAGGGUCCCUGCUGCCUGCUCAGCAGGGCCACACCUGGCGGGAAAGCUGCGUUCCUCCUUCCUUCCCCUGAGGGUUGCCCUCCUGUUGCAGAGACUGGGCCCACUGAAGCCGGACGGAAUUCCUGUCCUCUGAGAAGUUUAUGUUCUCUCCUGCAAAUGCUUCCUAUCGAAGAGAAUAGACAUAUUUUGCUCUUUGUUUUGUUUUUAUUUUUCUAGGAAAAGACUGAUGUAGAAGGAACCUUAUUUGUUUACACAAGGUCAGCUUCUCCCAAGCACGGCUUCACCAUCAUGAACAGGCUGAGCAUGGAGAACAGGACGGAGCCCAUCACGAAAGACCUGGAUUUCCUGCUCCAGGACCCCUUCCUCCUCUACAGAAACGCCAGAUCGUCCAUCUGCGGGAUUUGGUUCUAUGACACGGAGGAGUGCCAAAGGAUCGCAGAACUAAUGAAAAACCUGACUCAGUACGAACAGUUGAAAGCCCACCACGGAGCUGGAGCAGGAACCCCGCCAAUGACCCUCAGUUCCAGAGAGGAAAAGGAAGUGGACAUCGUACGGAUGCUCGCCAGAGCCAAAGACGAGUACACGAAGUGUAAGACGUGCUCCGAGCCCGAGGCCUCCAGUCCGUGGAGGAGCUGGGGCCGGUGGGGAGCCUCUGCCUGGACUCCCACCUGCAGGCACAGGCAGGGGACCCACGCUGGCCCCUCCCCAGCUCCCCCCGGAGACCCCUCCCCGAACUGCCACUAGAGCCCACUCGCGGGGCCGUGAACGUGAGCGGGAGGGAGAUGCAGAGAGGAGACUCGUUAAGUCCUUUACCACCGAGCCCCCAGCACCCCGGGGCCCCUGGGCCGCCGCUUCCUGCUCGGGAUCCCCCACUGCCCUGUCCUCCCAAACACACACACACACUUCCUCUGGCAGCUGCCUUCGAGGUAGUUACAGACCCAGAAGAUCCCCCAGGGGCCUCUCCAGGCGGCGCCACCUGCCUGGCCAGCCUCUCAUUAGCCGGUUACCUCUGCCCUGGCUCUGGUGGGCCUGGACUUUCAGGCAGAAGUCGGGCCUGGUGGUGGAGCCUGGACACCAAACAGAAAGCCUGAGCAAUGGGGAGAACACAGCUGCUGCCCAGGGGAGAAGGGGGUGGGGGGCGGCCAUGGGCUGGGAGCGUGGGGCGGGCGGUUCUGGAGGUUCUCCUAAGGCAGAGUAGGCAGGUUUUGCUGAUGGACUGGACUGAGCUGGCGAGAGAAAGAGUUGUCACAACACUGUGAGGAUGGGGUGGCCACUGGAAUAGCUUUCUUUUGACUUCUGCAAAAGCUUCUUUGGAAGAAAGGAUUCAAUUGCUGAAGAGCACGUUGGGACAUCCCUGACGGGGUCGCCUAACCGUUUGCAGGACCUGCCCUGCGGACCUGCCCUCCUCGGCUCCUCGCUGUGCCCUGGGGCAGGAGGGGGAGGUAGUCAGAAGCCAGCAGGGAUGGAGCCUGCCUUCUACCUUGUUGUAGAAUUCAGCCUGGAGCUGGGAUUCCGUCCACCUGUCAGUCCUUCCAGUUGCUGGAGCAGAAAGCCAGAGAGCUGUGGGCGGUCUCCCAGCUUUGCAGUGC